UUCCCAUUCUCCAUAUAAGUAGAAACUAAUACAACAGCAACAUGGUUUGGGGGGAAAAGUGUAUUUAGGGUAUGAACAGAAUCUCCCUGUGCCUUUGCUUGCGGUUUGCAAUUGAUAUAUAUAUAUAUUGACAUAUUUUAUUUGAAGAGAGAUGAUCGAAUAUAGAUACUGAGUAGUUGCUUAGCUGGUUCAGUUAUCCAAUUCAGGUGAAUAGGUUAGGUAGGUAAUUGAAGGGGACAUGGAAGAAGAAAGAGAUUGUUGUUCCACGAAUUCAAGAAGCCCCUCAUCAGAGAAGCGCAAGCAGCAAGACAAACCGUACAGAGGAAUAAGGAUGAGGAAGUGGGGUAAGUGGGUGGCUGAGAUUAGAGAACCCAACAAAAGGUCCAGGAUUUGGUUGGGUUCUUACACCACCCCCGUCGCCGCCGCACGCGCCUACGACACCGCCGUAUUUCACCUGAGGGGCCCUUCGGCUCGCCUCAACUUCCCCGAAUUGUUAUUCCAAGACCAAGACCAACAACACGACGGUUCCGUCGACAUGUCCGCCGAUUCUAUACGCAAAAAAGCCACCCAAGUCGGCGCAAGAGUGGAUGCUCUCCAAACCGCUCUCCAAGCCUCCUCGAACUCCACUUCAACUAAAGUCGUUACCUUCGACAAACCAGACUUGAACGAGUAUCCAAAACCUGAAGAUUCUCUUGACCUUGAAGAUUAUCACUGAUAUAUUAUUAUAUAUACUUCUCUCUAGUCUAUAUCUAUAUCCAUGAAUCAACGCAAUCAUGUGUUGUGGUGGGGUGGUGCUUGCACCUAUCUUCUUCUUCUUCUUUCAGUUGAAUGGCCUUUAUAUUUAUCAUAGUAUCAGUUUAUUAGAAAAGUUAAGAGAGUACAUAGGAAAAAAUAUAAACGUAUUAUGUAUGAUAAGGCAGCGUCUUAUCACUAUCAAGACAAGGUUAAUUAAAGGAAUUAGUAGCUAAAUAGGUUCUCUCUGACGGAGUAUAUGGUUUUUCUCAGGUCAGGUGUAUUGUAAUGGGUCGGUGGGUCCGAUGGCCGGACCUAGAUAUUCGAAUCAUAUUAACAAUGUUUUGUUAUUGCAAA